GCCAGAGGGCGCCCGCUGUUAAGAUGGCGGCGGCAGCGCCAGGUCACGUUGUAGGGGCGGGAUCCUCCUCCUCUCGGUGACGGCGCGGCGGCGGGAUGGAGGUGGCGGCGCUGGAGCGCUUCCUCAGCCCGGGCAAGGGCAGCGGGCUCCGCUCCCGUCGGAAAGUGAGGCCCGGAGAGCUGCUCUACCGAGCCGAACCCUUCGCCUACGUGGUGACCAAGGAGCAGCUGGGCGGCGUGUGCGAGCACUGCUUGCAGAGGAAUGAACAUCUGCACAGAUGCUCUCAGUGCAAGGUUGCUAAAUACUGUGGUAAAUCAUGUCAGAAAAAAGCUUGGCUGGACCACAAGCGGGAGUGCAGAUGCCUUCAGAACGUCAAACCUAAUUUUCCUCCAGACUCUGUCAGACUUGCUGGCAGGAUUGUUUUUAAGCUACUUAGGCAAUCAUCAUGCCUUUCUGAGAGACUCUACUCUUUUUCAGAUCUUCAGUCAAAUGCUGAACAACUAAGUGAAGAAAUGAAAGAGGGCCUCAGGCACCUUGCACAUACCUUGCAACUGUAUCUGAAAGCAGAGAUCCAGGAUGCAUCUCACUUGCCACCUGCAAUUGACUUUUUUCAGAUCUUCACAAAAGUGACCUGUAACUGUUUCACCAUCAGUAAUGGAGAGAUGCAGGAUGUUGGUGUUGGCCUAUAUCCCAGCAUGUCUUUGCUGAAUCACAGCUGUGACCCAAACUGUGUGAUCGUUUUUGAAGGAUACCAGCUUUUACUUCGCUCCGUCCGAGAGAUCCAGAUUGGCGAAGAGCUCACCGUCAGCUAUAUUGAAUCACUGAUGCCCACCAGUGAACGACAGAAGCAGCUGAAGCGCCAGUAUUGCUUUGAAUGUGACUGUUGCCUCUGCCAGGAUCAAGAAAAGGAUGCUAAGAAAUUGGCAGGUGAAGAGGCUGCCUGGAAGGAAGUCAGAGAUGCUGUAAAUGAGGUGAAAUAUCCAAAAUCAAAAGAAGAAUGGGAAAAGGUUCUAGCAAAAUGCCAACAUCUCUUGAGCAGCCAUACCAGUCGUAUUCCAGAUACAAACAUCUAUCAGCUGAAACUGCUGGACUGUGCCAUGGAUGCCUGUAUUAACCUUGAAGCCUGGGAACAAGCUUUGUGUUAUGGCAGCAAGACACUUGGACCAUACAGGCUGUAUUAUCCUGAUUUCCAUCCACUGAGGGCUGUGCAGCUGAUGCGAGUGGGCAAACUGCAGUACAGUCAAGGCAUGUUACCACAGGCACUGGAGACCUUGAAACAGGCCUAUGAUAUUAUGAAGGUGACCCAUGGGACAGAUCACAGCCUGAUGCAAGCCUUGAUGGACUUAAAGGAACAGUGUGAAGCCAUCAUGAAAGUGCACUGAAUAAAAUCCAAGUCUGGAGAAUAGGACAUUCGAGGAGAAAUGAUUCAGAAUUCUUUUUGUUAUGUUAGGAAGUUUCUCAGUGAUUCUGGUAUCUUUUCAUCAGGUCCUACUUUCUUGACAAAAGUGUUUUUCUCUAUGAUCUUCUAGAUUGAGUUAAUGUGUGGAGGGAUAUGUGAUGUUUUCAGAAAGUUUUUAAAUUCUACAAGUCAAAAUGGUAGUAAGUAAGUCUUAGUACUUGAUCUUAAGACAUGCUGAUAAAACUACAAACUUAAACAUAAAGCAAGGAAAAAAAUAAUUUGUUUUUAUUUAAUAGCUAGAACCUCAAAUCCAAAUACUGCUGAAAGUAAGAAGAACUGAGAAUCAGAUUGGAAUCUCAGUGAUAUAGGACACAACUGCUGAGCUCCUCUCACAUGCUUUUUAGGUAAUGAUUUCUUUAUCUUUUCUGUUAUCUCUGAAUGAUCUCUGGCCUUACAUCUUAUGCUUGUUGACUAGAACACAGUUGUAUAUUUUUCCUACCAGACAGCCAAUUUAGAUGGUAAGACUUGAUUAUCCAUUUGCAACACAUGAUUUAAUUGAUAAUAAAUACAGAGAAACGCA